CUUCACCACAAUGCCAGUACUGAGUCUCUUCCAAAUCCAAUGGAAACUAGGAAAAGCUAACGUCCUCAUAUAUUUACGUAUAUAUCAAUCACACAUCAUUCGUCCAAUCCUAAAUACCCUUUUCUUGUUGUUUCAUUUUGCGCUACGUAAAUCCAUUACCAGUGAACCAGAAAGAGCAACAAUGGCGGUGGUGUGCAGUGUUGGUUGCGGCUGUGGUAGCGUCAGUUUUCAACGGUGCGAGUCUUUAAUGCUCUCGAAUCCUACAUCUUCAAAACCGAGAACGUCCAAGAUCUUUGCAACGACGCGGCCGCCCUCAUCUAAGCCCGCUGGCGGUGGCAGUCUCCAAUCAUUGCAACCAGAACGAUCAUCGUCAAAGAACAAACGCAAGGGGAUUCCGUACGAGAAAUUGGACGGUUGGAUGAGAGAUUCAGUGGCUGAGAUUAUAAAAAAGUUACCCGAAUCGCCACUCUUGAUCCACGUCUACUCUGAAGACGCCACGAUGGAAACAACGGCGGUGGAAGAAAACUGGGUUUCGAUGAAACAGAAGUGGAAGAAAGGGGAAAGAGCUAUGCCCGAUGGGGUGAUAUUUGUUGAUCAAAUACAAGGAGUUGAAGAAGGAACAUGGGGCAUUGUGGUUCAAAGUAAAAGUGAAGAAGAAGAUGGUGGGUGUGGAUCAGGACCAGGAUCAGAACCAGUACCGCCAGCUUGUUAUUUGUUGAAGACGACUAGUGAAGUGGGUUCAGGGUUGGGGUUAAGGUGCACCCAUUUUUGUUUGGUGAAGGUUAGUAGUUUUAGAGAAAGUGCUUUCUCACAGCUCAAGAAUUGUUGGCUCUUGCAGGGAAAUUGAAGACCUUGUGGGGGGAAUUGAAUCCAUAUUUAUAUUUUAAUUGAGAAUUUUCUUGUUCAUAAAUAAGACUUGGUUUUCAUUGGAAUUGACAAAGGUCAUGUUUGAUCAAGUUAGGGAAUUGAUGUACAAAAUUGUUAUAUGAAUCAAAGACCUCACAGCUGUAAUUA